AUGUCUCACGAAGAGGAUCUCAUCGACUACUCCGACGAGGAGCUUCAGACCACUGACGCGGCGGCCACCACCGCUGCCCCCGCCUCUAACGGAGAGGCUAAGAAGGGCGACUUGACGGUUUCUGGCGGCCGUCCGGACAAGAAGGGUAGUUACGUCGGUAUUCAUUCGACCGGUUUCCGCGACUUUUUGCUCAAAGAGGAACUCCUACGUGCCAUCACCGAUUGCGGUUUCGAACAUCCAUCGGAGGUCCAGCAAGUCUGCAUUCCUACCGCUAUCCUGAACGUCGAUGUUCUCUGCCAGGCCAAGUCUGGUCUCGGAAAGACCGCGGUCUUCGUUUUGACCACCCUGCACCAGCUGGAGCCGGUUCCUGGCGAGUGCUCUAUCCUUGUUAUGUGCCACACCCGCGAGUUGGCAUACCAGAUCAAGAACGAGUACGCUCGUUUCAGCAAGUACCUUCCCGAUGUCAAGACUGCCGUCUUCUACGGAGGUACCCCCAUCCAGAAGGACGUUGAGUUGCUCUCCAACAAGGAGUCCUACCCCAACAUUGUUGUCGGUACUCCCGGUCGUCUGAACGCCCUGGUCCGCGACAAGAAGCUUUCUCUGCGCAACGUCAAGGCUUUCGUUCUCGAUGAGUGUGAUAAGAUGCUGGACCAGAUUGACAUGCGUCGUGAUGUCCAGGAGAUUUUCCGUGCCACCCCUGCCGACAAGCAGGUCAUGAUGUUCAGUGCCACUCUUUCUCAGGAUAUCCGCCCCGUGUGCAAGAAGUUCAUGAGGAACCCUCUCGAGGUCUACGUCGAUGACGACACGAAGCUUACGCUGCACGGUCUGCAGCAAUACUACAUCAAGCUCAGCGAGGCGGAGAAGAACCGCAAGCUGAACGAGCUCCUGGACAGCCUGGAGUUCAACCAGGUUAUCAUCUUCGUUAAGAGCACCCUGCGUGCGAAUGAGCUCGACAAGCUGUUGCGCGAGUGCAACUUCCCCAGUAUCGCAGUGCACUCUGGUGUCAGCCAGGAGGAGCGUAUCAAACGCUACAAGGAGUUCAAGGAAUUCAACAAGCGUAUCUGUGUCGCCACUGACGUGUUCGGACGUGGUAUCGAUAUUGAGCGUAUCAACCUUGCCAUCAACUACGACUUGCCGGCUGAUGCUGACUCCUACCUGCACCGUGUCGGUCGUGCGGGUCGUUUCGGUACCAAGGGUCUGUCGAUCUCCUUCGUCAGCACCGAGGAUGACGAGAAGGUGCUCAAGGAUAUUGAGAAGCGCUUCGAGGUUGCCCUUCCUGAAUACCCCGAGGGCGGUGUUGACUCGAGCACCUACAUGGCCUAG